AGAAGCCGGAAGUUGUUCGGAUGUAAACUGUAGCAUGUGUGUGCAGUGUUCUGCAGUCCUGUCUGAACUGAAGAGGAGCUAAAGUCGCUGUUUUUGCACUAAAAAAGAGAGACUCAGAUCCAGCUGUAGGGGAUGAUACAGCGCCCCAAGCCCUCCGACUCGGAAUCGGAUCUGCUGCGGGAGCAGGAGGAGUUCCUGUCCUCGGGGGGUCGGCCUGCGGCUAACGUAGCUAGGAGACCCGAAAAACGGCGAGGGGAUGAAGCGGAUGGAGACGGAGGAGAACCUCAGGAGAACCAGAGAGAUGUGGUGACCAUUACAGAUCUUCCGGAUGAUCUUCCCGCCCUGACUCCAGCCUCAGCAGCAGCGCCGGCUCCUCCCAAAAAAUCUCGCUUUAAAAAGGAGCGAGUGCGCUUCGAGGAUGAAGAUCCGGAGGAGCUGCUGGAUAAACAUGACACUCACAUCAGUGCCGUCCUCUCCAGGAUUGUUGAGAGAGACACAAGUUCAGUCCCGGUAUCAUUCCCCACUUUUACAACCACAGCUUUCCCCAAAGUCCUGCAUCGAUCCACAGCAGAGACACAGGGAAAAACACCUGGAGGCAGAAAAAGUAUAUUUGCCCGUCAGAUUGCUGCACAGAAUGCUAAAGAAGGACGUGGAAAUUCAAAGAAUGAUCCCAAGAUCAUCAUUCCUCAGCGCUCUGGAUCCACUCGUGAUGCUUCAGGCGCUGCUGCUGCUCCCGGCUCUUUGCUGGUCUCAGGUCAGGGUUUAGGUCCAGACAGCGCUGCUGAAACACUGCGGAUCCACCAGGAGAACCAGGCCCGGCUGGAGAACAUGUCCCAGAGUGAAAUUGUGGAUGAACAGAAGAAGUUGCUGGCCCAGCUAGAUCCGAGACUGGUGGACUUCGUGAGAUCCCGUAAAUCUCAGAAAGCCUCGAGUUCAGGACCGUCUCGACUCCAGAGUCCUGAUCAGCUGAUCACUAAAGGUAAACCUGCAGAACCGGAACCGGAAUCUCAGGAUGUUGUGAUGGAUGCAGAUGAAGAGGAAGGAGAGACUCAGCCUGAAGCACAGCCUCCAAUCAGAGAGGAGGAUUUACCAGUCAGACCACAGAAGGAGUGGGUUCACAUGGACAAACUGGAGCCGGAGAAACUGGAGUGGACGAGGGAUUUACCUGCCCCAAGAAAACAGAGCACCAAACAGGCCAUGCAGGCUCGUUUCGACUUCUCUGGAUCUGUAAUCCCGCCCACACAAGAUUUGCCCACUCAUCUCGGCCUGCAUCACCAUGGGGAGGAGCCAGAGUUGGCAGGAUACUCUCUACAGGAGCUUUUCCUGCUCUCGCGCAGUCAGCUGACCCAGCAGCGCACCCUGGCCCUCAACACUUUGGCUCAAAUCCUUUCGAAGGCUCGUGCUGGGGUGUACUGUAAUACUCUGAAGGGCAGUGUGCUGUCCUCGCUGCUGGACGCUGGGCUCAUCUUCCUCCUGCGUUUCUCUCUGGAUGAUGGAGUGGAGAGUGUGAUGUCAGCAGCAGUGCAUGCACUGCGAGCCCUGCUGGUUUCUCCUGAUGAUGAGGAGUGUCUGGACAGAAUGUUCCCCUGGCUGAUGGGGAUGGCAGCUUUCCCUCUGCUGCCUUCAGGCCAAGAGGAGGAAGAGGAGGACGAUGAAGGCCUGGAUGAGUCGAUGAAGUUAACAGCUAAAGAGAAGGAGCUGAGAAAACCAGAUCAUGAUGUUGCUCGAGUCGACGUGAUCAAGGGUCUGUUGAAGAUGCAGGUCCUGCAGCGUCUGCGGUAUAUUCUGGAGGUCGUACGUCCUGCACCCGGUGUUGUUCUCGAUGUUUUGGAGAUUUUGAUACGGAUCGCUCGCCACUCAGCUUCUGCAGCCACACAGAUCCUCGAUUGUCCUCGGCUGAUGGAGACAGUGAUGUCAGAGUUCCUGCCGUGCUCCUGGGCUCCGCCCACCUCCCCAGCCCCACCUUCUCUAUACGGUUUACCUGUUUCAGCGGCGAUGAAGCUCCUCCGAGUUUUGGCGAGCGCUGGGAGACACACCUGUAGCAGGAUUCUGAACUCUUUAGGUGGGAGGGAGCGUCUGUCCCGGUUUUUGGCUGCAGAACCUCAGGAGCUGCUGUUGGAGCCCGGGGAAGCUUUUCUCUGCAGCACCGAGGCUCUGAGACUCUGGGCCGUGGCUGCCAGCUAUGGACAGGCCUGCAGCCUGUACACAGAUCUGUACUCAGUGUUAGUAAAGGCGUUGCAGGCUGCACAUAAACCCAUCACUUCCUCAGAGCCUCUCCUGCUGCUGGAGCUUCACAGAGUUCAGGCGCUGCUGCUGCUCCUCACUCAGGUCACUCACACCGCCGGCUGCCACCAGGAGCUGCAGAGCGCAUUACUGAAUUCUCAGGGUACAGAGAGUCUUCCUCCUCCUCCGGUGACGUGGAGUCAGGUGACCGGCCUGCAGCCCACAGUGAUUGGCUUGCUGAAAGGCUGCGUGAUGACCCUGGAUGACCCCAGUCAAAGGUCACGCACCCUGACCCUCCUGCCCUCCUACCUGAUCUACCUGGGGGCGUUUUACUCACAGCUCAGCCUGCAGAGUUCCUUCCAGCCUGUUCAGUGUCUACAGGAGCUGGAGUCCCUGACCUCAGAUGUGCUUCUUCCACUGAUCUCUAAUCAGGCUGUAAUCAGCACGGCCCAAAACCUCAGGUGCAGCUCUGUGAUCUGUAGGUCUGUAUCCGAUGCUCCUGGCCCGGAUCUCGUCUCCAGUCUCCCGGGUUUGGGCUGCGUCCGGUUAAAGAUGAACCCGAGUCUGGCUGGACCCGGCUCUCCUCUCGCUCUGUGUUCUGCUCUGUUUUACCUGCUGGAUGUUCUCACCUCUCUCCACCGAGGCCUGACCCAGCGGUUCAGCUCUCUCCUGCUCUCUGAAUCUGUUCUGGGGUAUUUAAAGUCUUGCGUGGGAUCGAUGCCCUCGGUUUCUCACGCCAGUGCCUGGAUUUUACGCCAUGAACACCUCCUGCUGUAUCUGCUGUUGAGACUGGCUCAUAGACUGGUUCCUGUUGAUGCAGAAAUAGCUAAACAUGCUGCCCUGUUUCAUCAAGUAGCGCUGGCUCUGCUGCCCUGGCUGCUGCCCGGAAGUGAAUAUCUGGCUCAUGAGCUUCUGUCCACCAUCAUCUUCAAUCAGGAGCUCUUCCCGGAGGGGGGUGGCGCUGGUCCAGAAGCAGCGUCUCUAUCAGAACUGGAUCUUCAGGAGAAUUCUACACCUCCGUCAGGUCUGGGUCCUCUCCUCCGUCUCUCUCUCUCUCACCUGCCCUCUAUCCGGGGGUGUUACCUCACCUUCCUGUCUCACCUGGAGCCCGCCGUGCUGUCCUCUCGGGACCGGCACCUGGGCCGAACGCCGUGGCUCACCUCUCAGCUCCUCCCCGAGCUCUCCGGCCCCUCGCUGCCCUCUGAUUGGCCGUUCCUGCCUUUGAUCAGCCUGUACGAGAGGACAGGUGUGUGUGAGGGGCGGGGGCAGCAGGUGGGCUCUGUGCCGGCCGGCGCUCUGCAGGCGGUGGUUCAGUGUCUGCAGUGGCUGCUGCUGGUGGAGAGCUGGCGGGGGCGGGCGCUGAGCGCUGUGCCGCCGGGGGCGAAGCUCGCCCGCCUGUCCUGCGUCUUCCUGUGCUCCACAGACCUGUUCCUGGAGCGUCCCGUACAGGACCUCACCUGGGCGCUGUUCCGCAGGCUGACGGGACCCACCUGCCUGCAGGACCUGGACCUGGGAACACCUCCCCCGGGUCUGGCGUCUUUCCACGACCUGUACUCCGCGCUGCUGGUGCAGUACGAGGCCGUGUCGUUCGGAGAUCCGCUGUUCGUCUGCUUCGUUCUGCUGCCGCUGCAGAGGCGUUACAGCGCCACCAUGAGGCUCGCCGUGUUCGGAGAACAUGUGGGAAUACUGCGCUCGCUCGGAGUCUCGCUGCAGCAGCUGCCCUUUCCUCUGGAGAACUUCACCUCCCCGCCGGAGGACUCGCUGCCUCUGCUGCGGCUGUAUUUCCGCGCCCUUGUGACCGGAGCUCUGAGGAGGAGCUGGUGUCCUGUGCUUUAUGUUGUGGCUGUUGCUCAUCUCAAUGCCUUUAUCUUCUCACAAGAGGACGUUCCUCAGGAGGUGGAAGCUGCACGCCGGAGCCUGCUGAGAAAAACUCACUACCUGACAGAUGAGGUGUUAAGGAGCCAUCUGCUGCUGUACCGCCUCCCCCAGCAGCACAAUCCGCUGGGCUUCAGCACCUACGAGCAGCUGCCACCCCUCCGCGCCCGCAGGCUCCACGUCAUAGCGGGAAACGAGGAGAGAAACGAAGGAGACGAAGGAUGAGCAUCUGAACAACUGGACAUCUGGACAUCUUGGGCAUCGUGCUGGAAACUCCCAUCACUUCUAGAGAUCUGGAUCUGAUCCACAGCCGUCAAUACGCCACUCAAACCGAGCUAGAAUUAGACUGUGAAAUACAGCUCUGGAUAAAAAUGAAAGAGCACUUAAAAAAAAAAACCUCUCUGGAAUAUAAUCAAGAGGAAGAUGGAUAAAGCAGCAAAAAGUUAUCCAAAAGCAGUGUGUAAGACUGGUGGAGGAGAACAUGAUGCCGAGAUGCAUGAAAACAUUAAAACUGAUGCAUGAAACCAUUUCUGAACCCUUGAAUGAAUCUCUUUAUGAAUAUGAACUUGUUGUUUUCUUUGCAUUAUUUGAGGUCUGAAAGUUCUGCAUAUUUUUGUUAUUUCAGUCAUUUCUCAUUUUCUGCAAAUAAUAAAUGCUCUAAUUGACUCUAAUAUUUUUAUGUGGAAUUUGGGAGAAAUGUUUAUUUUACUCAAACAUAAACCUAUAAAUAGCAAAAUCAGAGAAACUGAUUCAUAAAAAAAUUAAAAUUGUCUCUUAAUUUUUUUCCAGCGCUGUAUAUGUAGUUUUUUUUUUGUAAGAACGUUUUUGAAGAUGAUAAACGUUAAACGUUAAAACGGACUCCGGUUGGUUUGUACUCUUAAUGCGGUAUAAAUAUCAAAUAUACAAAUAUACUGUUUUUAAUCGAGCUAAACUGCUGAUACAGCACAGUUUAAUCUGAUAUAUAAGCCAGAUAAUGCUAAUUAGUUACAACAGCUAUGAACAAACACUGUCUCUGCUGCUGCUCCAUGCUGUUUACACACUGAGAGCAGGGUUUGUGCAGCGUUCACUGCUCACGUCCUAUUAAAAACACUGUUUUAAAGCGUUUUGUGUUUAAAAGCUUCUAAAAGAGGAGACUUGAUGUGCUUGCCAUGUUUAUUGGUGCGCAUUUUAGUGCAUUUAGGCCUGUUGGGUUUAUGCCUGUGUGAAAAUAAAACAAAAAGAGGGAGAAACUUUCCAAAUAUGAACAAAACUGAACUCAUCAACUGAUUUUAACCAUAAAAAACAACAUACAGGUGUGAAAACGCCCUUAAAUGUGUACAAAAACAGAAGUCCAGAUCAAAAAUAAGUAAAGUGGCUCACUAUCAAAUAUUCCACAGCUCACAGACAGGGAAUUUCUGGACUGGAGAGGAUCUUGGGAAAAAGACAGCGAUUGAGAGGUGAGGCAGAUAUCCAGAGGAGCAGCCAGGAGAUGACAGUCUCUCCAGGACAGACAGAUGGUGUUGAUAAAGCUCUGAAAAGAAGCUCUGUUCGUUUUUUUAGUUGUUUUAAUACUAAAUUGAUUUGGCGAGGCUCGGCCGGCAUGCCUUCCUCCUCCCGCUGCAGUUCAGAAUGCGGCUCGCUGUAAAAUUAAGCUCAAUUUCGCUCAGCAGGAGAGCGUUUUACUAAAAAUGCUUAAAAUAAUAUCCCGCUAAGCUAGAAUAUCCCACCUGAGGAAAGACAAAUUUAGAAAAUUCAAGUUGACCAAAAACACUUAAGAGUUUUAUAUAUUUUUUUAUUUUACUGAAGUUUGUGUCUAUAGAACAAAAAAAAAAAAGGAAAAAGAAUGCAAUAAACCCAGAUUGACCAGGUCAUCUCAGCCAUAAUGGAGGAUUUGUGACGCUGUUUUUGUUCUCAGUGUGGGUGUUGUACACUGUAUUUCUAUUGUUUCAGAACGUUUAGCGGUGAGACAAAAUCUAAACAGAGGUUUGGAUGAGAUUUUUGUCCAGACGACCAGUUUAUACUGUGGUUCUUUUGUUAUACUGUGGAUCUUGAGUUUUGGGGGUUUGGGAUUUUUUAAUAAAGAUAAAUAUGCUUCUGGAACAAUA